AGAGGAGCUGAGUGCGAAAAAUCACAGGCUCUGGCAAGAGUUAGAGCCGUACACACUUGGAUUUUCGUUAUUCCUUCCGAGGACGACCUUGUUCAAAACCGGGAUUCAUGGCAGCCAAGAAGUGGUAGUGUCGACGGGGAGAUUUUCGGCGUCUGAAAAGGAAAAUUUGCCCAAGCCCGCGAAUGACCAGUGUUUGAAUCAUCAAGUUCUGGUGCUUUCACACCUAUAAAACUCAAGACAAGAGGGGGCAGCAUAUCCUGGCUGACGCCUGAAGUAGGUGUUCUGUACUUCACCAAGUGGGACUCCAUGGCUGCUAGCACUGCUGCUUGAUCCAUAGCACUGUCCAGUUUCCCGAAGAUUAGAGGCUUGUAGUGUUCGUCACCGUUACACUACAGUUGGUUCCUGUAGCUGGCUUAAUGGAGGGGUUUCCUGUCCACUGAUUUAACAGGCUGCCUUACUGGACCAGCGGCCAUGUCCGCCUGCAGCACCUUUACCGAGCACGUGUGGAAGCCAGGCGAGUGCAAGAACUGUUUUAAACCAAAAAGUCUGCACUGUCUGGCUCAGAGUAGUGGAAGAAAACCUCCGUCUGAGCAGAGGCCUCAAACAACUCAGCAACAGAAUCCACCCCCUGGAGGUGCAAGAGCCAACCCUAACCUUACCAACAACUCCCAGAGGGUUAGCACUGGGUCUGCACGGUCAGGACACUUUCGUCCACCUGUGGCUAAAAAGCCAACUAUUGCUGUUAAACCCACUAUGAUGUUGCCCUGCUCCUCUGCAGGACUGGAUUCAGAUGGCAACUUACAACGACCACCAAAUAUGAUAGAACCGGGCAAAACAUCAGCUUUUACAGUCUGGAAUCGCAAUGGACUGAAUCGUAAGAGACCAGGGGGGCCCAGCAACAACAAUGAAGGAGAGGAUGGCAGUGAAGAGAUUGAGGGUUAUGGGCAACUAAGCCCCAGGACCCCUACUGGAAAUAACAACAGCAGUGGACUGACAGAUGUCUUGAAAGAGAUUGCUGGGUUAGGCCCUAGCCUUAGCCCCACACCCUUUUCUGGUUCAAAGGACUUGUUUUGGGGACGAAUCAGUAGUUCAUACCAACGGUCCUUGGAAAGAGGCCUUCCACCCUCAAGCUGUCUGGCAAUGGGAAGUGAUAGUAUAGGUAGUGGUGGCACUGCUCAAAAACGGGUAUCCCUAAGCGAUAGCACCGAGAUCAUCAGCAAAGAGGGUGGUCGCUUUUGCUACCCAGAGUUUUCCAGUGAAGGCGAAGAUGAUGAAGAUGAUGAGGAUGAAGAGACCGAAAGGGAUGAUGAUGAUGAUGAUGAUGAUGAUGAUGAUGAACAUGAGAGCUGGGAUGAAAGUGAUGAAGAGUUACUUUCCAUGGAGAUACGUAUGCGAGGCCAACCUCGAUUUGCACAUUUUCGUGCUGCUACAUUGUCACCGGUUCCAUUUGCUGCUGGGAAAAAGUGGAAUACUGUGCCGCUUCGCAACCGUUCACUACAGCGGAUUUGUGCAGUGGACUAUGAUGAUAGUUAUGAUGAAAUCUUGAAUGGAUACCCCUCCAUGGACUCUAAUGGAGCACUUCUUCCCUAUGGGCCCCAUGACAUGCAAGGCAGUGGCUUCAUAUCAAACUCAGAGUCUACAACAUCUCCAGAAUCCUCUUCAUCUCUACCUGAAGAUUCCAGAACAACUUCAAGCAGUGGGAGCAGUGCCCCAUGUGCUUUUCGAAAUGGCUUACAUUCACCAAUAUCUUCUAAGACAUCAGUCCCCUGCACUUCCCCUCCAAAAAAGGAGCCUGUCCACAGAGCACUGAGUCCGCUCAAGGUGACUGAAACACACAAAGCUGUCCUUGCCAUUAGAUUGGAGGAUCAAGAUGGCAGAGAAGGGAUGCCAAUGCCCCAGGCUCUCCCAGGUCAACCAGUCACUAUCAGUUUUAGUCCCACAGAGGAACAAGCUAAACCAUACCGUGUUGUGAAUUUGGAAAAAUCACUGAUCUGUAAGCCUUACACUGUAGUGGAUGUGUCGGCUUCCAUGGCCAGCAAAGACGAACCAAUCCCAGACUCCACUGCAAAACCCAAAAACCUGUCAAUGCCUUCAAGCCCUACAUCAUUCUGUAGCACUCCUUUAGUUCAACCCCUUUCUCCAACCUCCCCUGUUUCUUUAGCCUCCCCUGUGUCUCCAUCCUCCACUGUAAUGCCAACGUCACCAACAUCUGUGGCUCUUCCAAGUAACUCCCGAAAAAAAUCAGGUAACAUACGCUACCAGGAAGUGUGGACUUCAAGCACAAGCCCUCGCCAAAAGAUUCCUAAAGUGGAACUAGGGGUUGGGAGUAAUCAUGGACCCACCUUCCCUACUCAACACUGCAGUCACAAGUCAGCUCCCACUUCUCCCAUUGCUGGGCUGUCUUCCUCCCGAACUGUACCUGUGAAAUCCCCCAACUUGUCGGAGAUCAAGUUUAACAGUUUCAAUAAUGCAGGCAUGCCACCUUUUCCUAUUAUUAUUCGAGAUGAGCCUGCCUAUGCCCGGAGCUCCAAAAAUGCAGUUAAAGUACCUAUUGUUAUCAAUCCAAGCGCUUAUGACAACCUAGCUGUUUACAAGAGCUUCUUGGGACUCAGUGGGGAACUACCACAACAAAAAGGUGUCGGUAGUAGGGUCACCAGCCAUACUUAUGAAGAGAUUGGAUCCUCUGAGAGUGUUCAGUCCUCCUCAACAGAGAAAACAAUGUCUGGUAAAGGCACAUCAGAGAGAGCCUCUUAUGAUGAGAUAAAAGCUUUACCUGAAAUAGUGCCAAAAGCCCCAAAUGUACAGCCUAGAACCACUACAGACUCUAGCACUGUGACCAGCACUGUGAUGAGCUCCACAGUUGGGGCCCUCUCUCCUACUACAACAACAAAUUCCCAUGCCAUUACUGCAAACCUUUCCAAAACCAGCCCCACUGCCAAUGUUGUUACACGCACUUGCAAGACAAGUGAAGACGCUUCUAGCACUAACAAUAAUUCUGACUUAGCUUUGCCCUCUGGGACAGUGGGAAGCCAUAGAGAGGAAGCCAGUGCUGUGCUUUUGCAGAUUGUGGCCUCCAUCCAGCCCCCUCUUUCUCCUCCAGAUACACCUUCAGCACAAUCCAAAACCCUUAGUUCUGAGGAGCUUUAUGCUCUUCCACCUGAUGCUAUGAAGGAGACCCUCACCAGGCCCAAAUCUAUCUUUUCUGCAACUGAUGGCUGUCUUUCUAAACCAAAGAAAGAAACACCUUCUAAAGUUUUGUCUAAAUCUCAAAGCGCCUCUGCGGCUGUCCCACUCUCAAGCCCGCGUUCAGAACCCAAUGCCCCCUUCCCCCCUCCUAGGUCAACGUCUUCCCCCUACCAUGCUACCAACAUCCUCCAGAGACAUUUUGGCAACUGGACCAAGAGUUCUGCUUCCAGUUCUCCUGUACGGCCGAAUGAAGGAGAAGUAAGUCCAGGUGGAGAGGGGAGACGUAUGUCAUCAGAUAACUCUAAACCCAAACGCUGGAUCUCCUUCAAGAGCUUUUUUCGUCGACGGAAAGAUGAGGAUGAGCAGAGAGAGAGGACAGAGAAAGAGAAGGAGAAAGGGAAGUUGGUCGGGCUCGACGGAACAGUAAUUCACAUGCUUCCACCACCACCGGUCCAACAUCAUCACUGGUUCACCGAGGCCAAACCAGAGGAUCCCACCCAGAAACCAACUAUCAUCUUCACUUACAAACCGGAAAGUGGCAGCACCCCUGGUGAUGGAGAAGGAGAACUACGAGUAGAGGAGUGCAAAGAAAGCAUAGAACUCACACCGGAUGAGAGCAAAGAACCCAGACAUCUGAGCCCAGGGCAGACCCCAUCCACACACCCCCCCGGAUGUGAUAUCAUCAGCAGUGACUUCAGCCAGGUACCAGUCAGUGCUAGCCAUGCCAGAGAUCGAGAGCUGCCCGGUGCCGCCUCCCUUCCUGCCAAAGUGAAUCUGGGUCUGGUGCUUGGGGAGGGCGAGGAGGGCCAUGCGAACCAGGGUACGACACCGGCCUCAGCCAGCGAAGGCACCGCAAGCCUCGGAGAGCCAGAGGAAGAGGAUGGGAAUAACUCCCAUCACUCCCACUCUACCGCCUCCAGCCAAUGCAGUGCCACGUACAGCAACCUGGGUCAAUCAAGAGCCAACAUGAUCCCACUCAAACAGCCGCGGAACAUCAAAGCAUCCAAUGACACACUGGCCUCCAUCGACCUUGAAGGCCUCACUGAGCAGCCUCCCCCUAAAGCAACACCACCACCACUGCCUAAAAAAAAUGUGCCUCGCUCCAAUACUGAACCUAGCCUGGUGGGUAGAGAACCAGUCCCGGGGGCCAUGCGACCUAGGGCUGAGGCUAAACCUGGGGGCACCAACCUGAGUGUGGCUAACCCUCUGUACGACUUGGACUCCACCUGGGAGACGGCUAGUCAGAGUUCCUCUCUGAGCUCAGAGGCUCACCGAGCCCACGACCACGAGAGUGGGGACUCCCUAGAGAGACCAUCAGCCACCACAGCUGCCAGCAAGGGCCGCCCAACUAACAGCCUGUCCUCUCUGGUUUCACAACCUGCAUCCAGUGCCACCACUGGCAGAGAGAGGAGGGUCUUUCCAAGCACAGAGUCUUUGGCUGGACGGGGUCGAACAACAGGUCGAGGAGCUGCUGCUGCUGCAGGAGGAGGAGGAGGCUCCAAAGCCCAGAGACCUGCUCUGUACAGGGGGUUAGACAGCUGGGAUGAGGUGGUGGGAAGGAUCCGGGGACUUCACACUGACACACUGCGGAAGCUCGCAACAAAGUGCGAAGACCGUUUCAUGGCAGGUCAGAAGGAUCACUUAAGAUUCGGCACUGACAGCUGGUCCCACUUCAGGCUGACCACUGGGAAACCCUGCUGUGAGGCGGGUGAUGCUGUUUACUACACUGCCUCCUACGCCAAGGACCCACUGGUAAACUACGCCAUCAAGAUCUGUCGCAGCAAAGUGAAGGAGACCCAGCAGCAGUUUUUCCACAGCCUCGCAGUGAGGCAGAGCCUGGCGGUGAACUUCAACAUCCAACAAGACUGUGGACAUUUUCUGGCUGAUGUCCCCACCCGCCUUCUGCCCUGGGAAGAGGAAGAAGAAGAUGAAGAGGAGGAGGACGACGACGAGGAAGAGGAGAAGGAAGAUGUGAGCGGGCUGAAGGAGAAAGAGAUUAAGACUGAAACAAAGACAGCAGACUCCAAAGCUCCAAAUGGUAAAUUAGAUGAAACACAAACAGAAAGUCACAUGAAUACUGCCGGCCGUUUGAAGAGCAGGGUGGUUGUCAUCACACGUGAGGUGCCCUUUCAAACUGUGGCUGAUUUUGUCCGAGAAGGCGUCCAGAGACACACUCAUAACCCUGAGCUGUAUGAGCGUCAGGUGUGUCUCCUGCUGCUGCAGCUGUGCUCCGGCCUAGAGCACAUGAAACCGUAUCAUGUUACCCAUUGUGACUUGCGCCUGGAAAAUCUGCUAAUGGUCCACUGCCAACCUGGCAUCCCCUGGAAUCUAGACGUUCUCGAGCCGAACAACAACAGCAACAGCAGCAGCAACAGUUCUGGUGCAACGUCUGCCAGUGCUGCUGCUGCAGCUGCCAACGCCACCUGCCCCGCCCGCCUUAUCAUCAGCAACUUCUCCCAAGCAAAGCAGAAGAGCAAUCUCAUGGCCGCCGACCCUGGUACGCUGCGAGAUCAGUCACGUCUUGCACCUGAAAUUGUCACAGCGACUCAGUACCGCAAGUGUGACGAGUUCCAGACUGGAAUUCUCAUCUACGAGAUGCUGCACAGGCCCAACCCCUUCGAGGAGACACCGGAGCUAAAGGAGAGGGAGUACACGUGGGCGGACCUGCCCCCACUUCCGGUCAGAUCUCUCUACUCACAGGGUUUGCAGCAGCUGGCAAGGUUACUUCUCACUGUCAACCCCUCUGAAAGGAUCCGCAUGUCCGAGGCCCGGGCCUGCCUGCAGUGCCUGCUGUGGGGCCCGCGGGAGGACUUGUUUCAGGCGCUGGGCUGCAGCAGCACGGGCCCCAUGUCUGGGGCCACUGCCAGCCAGCGAGAGGCCACCCUCCAGAACUGGCUGGACCUGAAGCGGACUCUGAUGAUGAUCAAAUUUGCAGAGCGCUCUCUGGACUCGGCUUGCGGCGUGAGUCUGGAGGACUGGCUUUGCUGCCAGUACCUGGCGUUCGCCACCACAGACACCCUAAGCAGGGUGGUGCACAUCCUGCAGCAGCCCCAGCCUCAUCCGAAGCCCCAGAACCAGAGCCAGCCAGCACACACAGCACAGAACCAAACACAUCAAGCACACAACAUCCACCUGACUCAGUCGCAGCCACUCUGAGAUCCUUUGACCAGCUGUUACCAUGGCAACAGAUCCAACUUCCCCAAUGUGGUCCCUCUGCUCACGCUAAUGUGUGAUUUAAGGUAAUAGUCAGCUUUGUUGUUGCAGCAGCUACAAUCCUCAGCUAAAGCUAAACAGCGAGUUGUUUAAAAUCUGUGUUUUCUUCAUGGACAAAUCAAAGCAUGGAGUGAGAGACAGUGCUCCCAUCAGACAGAAGGGGCUUCAUGUUCAGGGUAAGUGUUAGCACCAUUUACAACAGCAGGAUACUUAGGAGUCAAGCCAGGGGAAGUGGCUGUCUGACAUUGUUCUAAAAACCAGUCCUGGACCGUUUUUAACAUUAUAUUCUAGAAAAGAAAAUGGCUCCUCCCCCUGACUUUCUUUAGCUGAUCACAUCUCUCAUAGGUUAUUACACUCCACUAGAUUUAACAGAUUGAUGAGGGAAUUUCAACAUUUCUACGCUUUAUCGCUGCCAAGUUCUUCAAGACCACAGAAAUGUGAUCGCUUAUAUGAUAUUUAAUUCGUAUGGCAGCUGUCUCCUGGUUUUAUUUGAGGUAGCGUCAAACAGAAUAAAUUUGAGCUUUCAAACAUUUCAUCAGACUUCUGAUGACACACCACAGUUAGAUUCCCUCAAAUAUCUCUGUUUCUGGAGAGACAACUUAAGGAAGCAUAAGAAAUGCAGGUUUUGCUCACAUUAACUGCAUUAAUAAUUAUAACGUCAUAUAUUAAAAAACUUUCCAUUCUUGGAACAACAGAUAUUUGAAAUCCUCAAAGAACAGAAAAAGAUCAAAGAUGGCCGUCUGAAUUGAAGGGGUUGAUAGAUGUGUCCUCCUCAGAAUUAAUUCUUACCAAGGUGAGGUUUAAUUUCGACUGAUGCAAAGUGGAAUACUUUUAGCAGUGAAGCCAAAGAUCCGUCAUAUAUUUGAAUUAUAAAGUUCAGAGAUAUUUCAACAUUAUUAAACAGAGAUAUUUAUUUCAGUUUGUAAUGAGAUGCAGUCAGACUUGAUUACAGUAUCUAGGUUUACUCUACACCCCUCCAAAACCAGUCUAAAGGUGUGUUUGAACAUAACUUACACUUCCUGAAUGAGAACUUUAUCUUUGUAGUCUCCUGGGAGCAUUUAGCAGGUUUUAGAGACUUUGGAGUUCAAAUGGGACACAACUGCCACCGCCUUUGGUUUGGUUUCUUGUCGGAGUACGUGCAAUUAAUGUCUUUUGUUGUUGUUGUUGUUGUUGUUGUUUUCUUUGGAGGUAACAGCGUGUGAACACUUUUCAGACAUCAUGCAGUCUUGUCCUACACUUCUCUUCAAUUCAUUUUCUGGCACAUAAACUGAUGCAUUUCAGUUGAAACCUGCAACUUAGGAAACAAAGUUAAAGAACUACAGUGGAAAGGAGACGGAUGUUUCGGAGACUGCAAAAAGUUUUUUUUUGUUUUUUUUAUUGUGUUGUUUUUGUCAAGUUGUUUUGGAACGGUUCUGCGUUACGGACGACAUUUGCACAUUUAGUGGAAACUCCUCGAUGGAGGACUGAGGACAUGAUGAUGCAGGAGAGACUGAGAAAAGUUCCUGUGAAUCAGAGGAUCUGGAUUUGUUUUGAUUUGCAGCGUGUGGAAUGUAAAAGUUUGCCUGGACUGAAAACAGUUUUUUUGGGGUUUUUUUUGGACCUGCCGUCGUCUGCUCCAGAAACACAACCACCCUUUCAAUAGAACCACUUUGUUUCACAUCUCCACAGAAGAGAAACUUAUUACUCAACCACUGAGACUUGUUUCCAUUCCUCCUGCCUCGUUUCCCGUCCGCUUUGUUGUUAUUAUCUAGCCAAUCGGACAGCUUGCUGCUGGACUCACAACAAAUAUGAUUCUUCAGUAAAAGGAGGUCUGCGAUAUUGCUCAGCAGCCUUCAAGUCUGUGAUCGAUGCUAGUAAAACAAGUUCAGACGCUUCAGUUUUCCCUCAAAAAACAACACAGCCAAACUCAAGGGUUUCUUAGUGAUUGAGAUGCUAAAACAUCUUUAAAACACAAACAUCUUUAACUUUGAUCCAAACAACUCUAGCUGUACUUACUUACUUGCAGAAUGUUUCCUAGCCUGCAUUCAGGUGUGCGAUUACUUCAAAUGGACACUAAAAAAAAAGAAUCCUAAAGUUGACCUUUUUUGCUCUGUAUACUGUAUCACAUCUUCUCUUCAUAUCUGAUUACUGGAGCAGUUCAGUUUGCCACUCGGGAUAUAGUUCUUUUGGGAUCAGGAUCCUGUCCCUGCCGGUCUACAGAACCAGAACUGAAUGGUCCAUUGAGCGAAAUAAAGCAGGUGUGAGUGUGUUGCUGCAUUUUACAGGUUUUGUGUUCUGAGGAAUGUGUGUGGACAGCACUGGUGGCUGUCCUUGUGUCUAAAGAUUUAAGCCUUUAUAUAGUAUAUAUAGUAUAAAUAUAUAUAACCUUUAUCUAUUUUAACCCACACACACUAUUUUGUCACGUACGGAGCACCUCUAUUUCUGUCACUAGAGUCUAAAUGUCAUUUAUUCAUUUCUGAAGCUUAACUUUCUUCUACCUGCUCAUAAUCGAGAAGACAAAGGUGUGUGAGUAGUUAUCACUGACCUUAACAAAGAAUAAAUACAGAAUGAUGUACAGUAUUUUUACCCCUCUUGUAAAGUGAUCUGUUUAGGAGAUGAACCACUUCGAGAAGAGGCAGAAGGAUGACUUUGAGCGCUCCACUGAUGUCCAACAUUCAUCAGCUGUACGGCCCACAGCCAAUAUGGUCUAUUAUUUUCUCUCUCUUUGCUCUGAUUUCUUCGUUGCAUUGUUUAUUGCCACUGAACAGAAAAACAGAAGCUCUCCGAGGCUCUCUAUUAAUAUGUGUACAGUAUGUCUCCUGGCCUGCCGCCGUUUAUUGUUGAUGGAGUUAACCAACGGUAACAGAACAAUAAAUAUAUGUUUUUAUAAAUACA